UUUACGGUCAUCUGACCAGGAACUGUGAGGGGGGUUUGUUUACAACAUCUGGCCUUUGAUAUGUGAUAUUCUGAUUUACGUGUCUUGCGUGAACCACAAGUAAAAUUUGACAUGGCGAAGAAAAGUGAGUGAAGGAAUAAGAUAACUUCAAUUGGACCCUAGAAGCUGGCUGUAUGAGAAAGUAUAUGAGAUUACAAAUGGUUUGGUUGUUUAUCAUGAAUCGAAUGAGCUCACAGAGCAGUUCGCCCCAGAGACGACGUAUGAUCCUUGGAAUUAUUGUUCUAUUGGUUGUCGAUAUUAUCUGGGUUGUAUCAUCUGAACUUACCUCAUAUAUAUUUAAAAGGUAUGAGAAACCCUUCUUUAGUACGUUUGCCAAAACAUCAAUGUUUGUGCUUUACCUCAUCGGAUUCCUUGUUUGGAAGCCCUGGCGGGAACAGUGUACCAAUGGAAGACAUGGUGCAUUGUUUGCAGAUGCUGAAAACUACCUUGCAACUUGUACUACAGACAAUAGUAUAAAUGAUUCUUUGAGUGAACCACUAUAUAUCCCAGUAAAAUUUCAUGAUUCAGCCAAUGAAAAAAAUAGUAAUGACAACAACACAGCUUUAAAAAAACCACGUGUUAGGUUCAGUAACAUUAUGGAGGUGCGGCAACUUCCAGCUCAUCAUGCAUUUGAAGCAAAACUCUCUCGGAUGUCAUAUCCAGCAGCAAAGGAUCACGAAGCAGUGCUGAAAUCUGUUGGCAAAUUGACAGUAUCGCAAGUCGCAAAAAUCAGUUUUUUCUUCUGCUUUGUGUGGUUUCUGGCAAACUUUUCCUAUCAGGAGGCGCUUUCUGAUACUCAGGUUGCUAUUGUUAACAUAUUGUCCUCAACUUCGGGUCUCUUCACUUUACUUCUAGCUGCAAUGUUUCCUAGCAACAGUGGAGACAGGUUUACGUUAUCCAAAUUAUUAGCAGUAAUUUUAAGCAUUGGCGGUGUUGCCCUUGUAAGUCUCUCAAGUAAUGACACAGAAGGAAAAGGCAUAAUAGGCUCAUUGUGGUCAUUAACAGGAGCAGUAUUGUAUGCCGUCUAUAUAGUCAUGAUCAAAAGAAAAGUUGACCGAGAAGACAAACUUGACAUACCCAUGUUUUUUGGAUUCGUGGGAUUAUUUAAUCUCCUGCUGCUGUGGCCUGGGUUUUUCUUGCUUCACUACACGGGAUUUGAGGCUUUUGAAUUUCCAACCAAAACUGUUUGGAUGUACAUCCUCAUUAAUGGGCUUAUAGGAACAGUGCUUUCUGAAUUUCUCUGGUUGUGGGGCUGUUUCCUUACAUCAUCACUGAUUGGAACCCUCGCAUUAAGCCUCACAAUACCUCUUUCCAUGAUAGCAGACAUUUAUAUGAGAAAGGUGGAAUUUUCAUGGUUAUUAUUUGCAGGAUCGAUUCCAGUCUUCCUCUCUUUCUUCAUUGCAACUCUUUUAUGUCACUAUAAUAACUGGGAUCCAGUAAUGGUUGGCCUGAGGCGGAUAUUUGCAUUUAUAUGCAGGAAGCAUCGCAUUCAGAGAACUCCAGAGGACAGUGAGCAGUGUGAAAGCCUCAUUCCUAUGCAUGGUGUUUCUCAGGAGGAAGGAACUAAUUGUUGUUCAUGAACCCAGACCGAAGAUAAAUCUACCAAGUAUUUUUGCGCUCAGACAAUCUCCUGAAGUUCUGAUGAAUCCAUGUUCUUUCAGUGCCUGUUCAAAAGUCCCACCCAUGAAAUUUCAACUCUUAAGACACUGCGUACACUUAGAACUGCUACCUGUUGGGAAUAUCAGUGGAUUACAAACAAAACAGCAGAAUUACUUAUAUAUCGCUUGAGUUUGUUGUGGAAAAUUCAGCUUUCAAUACAACCUAUCUGCCUUACUGAAUGUAUCAAACUUUUAAUUCAACUUGAAAAUAGAAUACUAUUCUGUGAAUGUGAGGAUAAACUGUUUUUGGACCAUUAUUUUUGUCAGUAGAUUUUUGGAAAAUAUUAGCCAACAUUGAUACUGAAGAGCUACAUACCUAAAGUACAACAGAUCAGUAAUGCUGUAUUGACUCACCUACGGGGAGAAAGGAAAAUGGCUUUGAUUAAGAACCAAUCCAAUUUUAGCAUUCUGUGUACAUCCUAUUAAUCUAACCAAGAGGAAAUAUCAAAUUAAUGUUCACAGAAGCAAAGGGAACUUACAACUUUGAAACACAGUUCAAACAACAAUAUUACUAAGGUGUUGCCUGGUUAAACUGUGGAUACACUACAUAAUCCAUAUUUUCUGAAAAGACUGAUUCAGAUUUCAGUAUCUUUAAUACUGUAUGUUUCAAGUUGAAUCUAUCUCUGAUCUCUCAAAGAACGUCCAUUUAAGAUGAAUUAGAUGACAUAAGAUUUUUCCAUACAUUUGAAUUCCAUGAGUCAGUGGUUUUGAAAAAAGAGCAGAAACCAUAAUUUUGUUUGUGAGAAGUUGCAGUUUCUGCAUUCUUGUACUAAAUACAUUUCUGUAUGUAUUCUUAUUCUGGUGCUUCUAC